UAACACCGCGUGGGUUUGUGUAACAUGUUAGGAAAUACAUUCAAUGCCCUUUAUUGCGAAGGCAAAACUGCGUCUAUGGCGGGAUUGAAGAAAAAGUUAAAAGAAGCCGUGAAGGUCAUCAGCUCAGGUAGCCUCCUGUUCGCUUCCUACCUCACUGUGACUGGAGAUGAGCGUUUCUAUGCCAACCAGCUAAUGCCCCUGCUGCAGAGGAUUGUGGGGCCUGAGACAGCCCAUGUGCUGGCAGUGAAGAUGAUAGGUUUGGGUCUGGUACCUCUGAACCGUUACCAGGACCCUGCGUCAUUGGAAGUCAACGUCCUUGGGUUAAAGUUCAAAAACCCGAUUGGGAUUGCGGCCGGCUUCGACAAGCACGGAGAAGCCGUUGAUGGCUUGUACAAACUGGGCUUUGGCUUUGUUGAGGUGGGGACAGUUACUCCCAAACCUCAGGAGGGGAACCCGAAGCCACGCGUGUUUCGCCUCACUGCAGAUAAUGCAAUAAUCAACAGAUAUGGAUUCAACAGCUGUGGUCUGGCAGAAGUACACACGAGGCUGAAGGCCAGAGAAGAAAGGCAGCAAGGGCGAAGUAAAGCUGGCCUUCCCCUCGGCAUCAACCUGGGGAAGAACAAGCUGUCACAGGAUGCGGGGACAGAUUAUCUGGAGGGCGUGAAAGUGCUGGGCCCGCUGGCCGACUACCUGGUGGUCAACGUUAGCAGCCCUAAUACACCAGGUCUCCGGGAUCUACAGGGCAAGGCUGAGCUUCGCCAGCUUCUGCACACAGUGCAGAAAGAACGUGAUGCCCUGCAGGAACAGCGUAAACCUCCCGUCCUGGUGAAGAUUGCUCCUGACCUAACUGCCCAAGACAAACAAGACAUUGCUGAUGUCGUCACUGAGCUGGGAGUGGAUGGUUUAAUGGUGUCUAACACCACUGUGUCAAGGCCAGAGACACUUCAGGACCCAAAUAAGUCUGAGGUUGGAGGGCUGAGUGGAGAACCUCUCAGAGACCUCUCUACUACAACUGUCAGAGAGAUGUACAACCUCACCAAAGGUAAAAUACCAAUUAUUGGGAUUGGCGGUGUUGCUAGUGGGCAGGAUGCAAUGGAUAAGAUCCGUGCUGGUGCAUCAUUGGUUCAGCUCUACACUGCUUUGACCUAUCAGGGUCCACCUGUAGUGAUAAAGAUAAAGCGAGAACUGGAACAGCUUCUUAAAGAUCAGGGUUUCAGCAGUGUGUCCGAGGCAGUUGGAGCUGAUCACAGGCAGAGCAGAUGAGUCGACUCCUAAGCAGAGCCCACAUCGGGAGAUGGGGGAUUGCUAACGUAGCCAGCCGUGGCUCCUGAACUGGGGUGAAUCCGGAGUAUUUAUUAUCCGUCCAUCUUAAUUUCCAGGGUGGAGUACACAUUAUGGUCUGAAAUCACAGUAAAAACCAGUAAGUGAGUAAUGAUCAGUGUUUUAUGUUGUCGUAAGUAUUAAGAACCUGAGAUCUGUACCUUGAUUUCAGACAUUCAGACUUUGUUACAGUGUAACAGCAGUUGGUGUUUCUCAUAUGCAGGCCUAAACCUUUCAAGCCCCACAACUGAUUUUUAAUGAUGCAAACUUUUCUUCAGUGUGAAGAAAAUCAUUGUUUGUGAUGCAGAGUAUAUGACCUUGAAACAUAUUUGUAAUGGUAUUGUGUGAAAAUAAAAUCAAAGACUUUAAAGGCUCA